CAGUGAUACCGUAACGAGAAGUUAUAAUACUCUCUAGUGUUGUUUUGCAAUCCUCGAAUGCUUUCUGGUACGAGGUUGUAUAAAUAACCUAUCUAUGGUGAAUAUAAACGUCUGUAUGUGAUGGCGAAACGUCAAAUUUGUUCCAUGCAACGUUCGGGGAGUUCUCAAAUUGUCAGUAUCGCUGGGAAGUGAUAUUAAAGAAACAUGGUUUUCGAUCACCUGAAAUAAUAACAGUUUCGCUUUGACUUAAAAUUUGAAAGACUGAAGGUAGCAUAGUUAUUUAAUAGGAGAUCGCAUUUAGUACAGAUAUUUAAUGUAAAAUGGAGUGUAAGAUCGAUGAUUUGCCAGACGUGUUGUUGGAGUACAUUCUAAGUUUAAUUCCCCCUUACAAAGAUCUUCAGGAAUGUAAGCUUGUGUCCAAACGAUGGUUCCAUGCUACCAAAAAUGUUAUACAACAUAACAGAGCUCAUUUUCACAAAUCUGUCGCUUAUGGAUCAUUGCUUUGGAGCCCCUGGCCAUCUAAACAUUGGAUGCCUAUUAUAGGAAAAAGACACUCCCAUUCUGCUUGCACGUAUGAAAAUUCCAUGUAUGUCUUUGGUGGAUGUACAGCUACAUGUACAACAUUUAAUGAUUUAUGGCGAUUAGAUUUGGACACAAGAACAUGGGUGAGAUUAAUUACUAUGGGGAGUUAUCCAUCUCCCAAGGCUUGUGCUACUAUGUUAUACUAUAAAAAAAGUUUCAUUCUAUUUGGUGGAUGGUCUCUUCCAUCGCCAUACUCCUUACACCAGCAACCAAAACUAUUCAAUGAAUUACAUGUGUAUUCUAUAGAAUCUAAUAAAUGGAUUGCUAUAAAUACACUGGAAAAGCCUCCACCUGCAGCAGCACAUUCCGCGUCAAUUCACAAAAAUUAUAUGAUUGUUUUUGGUGGUAUAAUGGGUAAUAUAUUUUUUGAUAGAUCCAAUGACGUAUGGUGUUUGAAUUUGGAUUCAUAUAGUUGGCAUAAACAAGCUACAUCAAAUAUAAAACCAGAACCACGAUACGGUCAAUCUCAAAUUGAGCUAGGAGAUAAUCACCUACUUGUACUAGGAGGUUGUGCUGGUUCUAACAUUGCUAUGAAUGAUGCUUGGUUACUAAAAAUGGAAGGCACAAUCUGGACAUGGAGAAAAGUAAUUAUGCAUAAUACAGAGUGGGCACCAGCGCGGAUUUGGUAUCAUCAAGCUUGUAAGGUGGGAAAUUAUAUUAUUGUUCUUAGUAUAAACAAAUGUCAAAGAAAACCAAACGACAUGAAUAUAUCGCUAAGAAAUGUCACUGGUCAAAGAACGGCUCCUUCGCAAGCGUGUGAUCCAGCUUCUUUACAAGAAAGACCAGGAAAUGUAUCUCAUCCCGAUAGAGAAGUAAACGUUAAUGGUCGACACGGAUCUUUUUCAAGGGCCUCUGUGCAAAAUGCACAAUCUUCGUCUCACACUCCUAGUUUUACAAAAAAUUUAGCAUUAUGCAAUGACAAUGUUUUAAGUAUGGCUGCUUUUCGUGACGAACCAAUCCGUAAUAGUUCAAACAGCAACCGGCAACGUCAAUUAGAAUCACUUCGAAGAAUGGAAGAAAGAAUUAGAAAUCGAAGAACGCAAUCGAAAAUUGUGAAAAAGACGGGAAACACAUUAUCUAUAUUUGUAUUGGACAUUACGAAUGUUUUACGCGAUGAAUGCACGGCUUCGUGGAUUCCUUUGAAGCAGAAUAAUCAAUCUGGUCCCGAUGAAAGAAUACUUUAUUCACUUGUACCAGGUCAAGGUGAAUUGAUAGUAUUUGGUGGCAUCCGUAAGGAACAAUUUCUACAAAGUCACCCUGUCAUGGACGAGUCCGAAGUCUAUAACGAUCUCCAUUUUAUAAAUCCGCCAAGAUAUGUUAUUUAAUAUACCAACUAAUAGCGACUAAUUCAUUUUCAUAUUCGAUGGAGAAUGUUUUAAUUUUGUUAGCGUUGCAUUGAAUUUAGUUGUGCCACAGAAUAGUAUUUGUUAAAAACAAUUUCAACUUGAACGUAACAACAGUGCAACAACGUAAGAAAAUAUAAAUAUUUUGUGAUAAAUAUUGAACGCUCAAAAAUAUUAGUUUAUUUCUUUUAAAAAGAAACAUCCUGUAGAAAAUUUAAUUUUUUGGCAUAUGGUAAGAAUUUACAAAUGUUGAUUUCAUGAACACUACACAUAAUUAUAAAUCUCAAGAUUUCAUUGUGAAAUCAUUUAUUUACACAUUUUCCACACACCAUGAAUUAUACACGGCUUAAUCGUCUUCGCCUUCAGUUGCUUUUAAACUACCGAACACUUGUGAUGGAAUAGUUUGUUUUUCAAUGGGUAUAUCUGAAAGUAAACAUACGAAUUAGGAAACAGAACAUAAAAUGUGUAUGUUGCUAUGGCAAGUGUCCAAAUCAAUUUAUAAACGCAUUACAUGUGAUAAAAUGUAAUAAAAAUCUAAGUGUGUUAUUAUG